AUGAGGCUGUGGCUAGUGACCUUGCACAUAUUCCUGGUGGGUUCGAACCUCUGGGCGUCUGCCCACUUCCACGAGGAUCUCGAGGACAAUGAGUUCGCCGAAUUCGAGGACUUCGACGAUGUGCAGACACAGCAGCAAAAGCAGAAACCCGUAGAGUCCUUCAAACCAGCAUCUCCCCCCUCGGCCGCUCCCUCUGAGGAGAUCUUCGAGGAGGACGACGCUCUUGUGGAGGAUGACGUUGAUUCUGAGUUCGAUCACUUCCAGGACGAGGAAGAGUUCGAGGGUCUCGAGUCCACUCCCAGGAGUGGAAACGGCAAGCCGGAGGAGCCCUCGACCCUCACCAUAGCCAAAGUGCCCCUGCACUUGCGCGCCCGGUGGGACAGCUUCUACCUGGAGAUCCUCAUGGUGACGGGUCUCCUCGUGUACUUCAUAAACUACCUCGCUGGUAGAUCCAAGAACCUCCGGAUCUGCGAGAAGUGGCUGCAGGACAACAGGAAAAUUCUACGAGAGAAUUUCUCACUCGUGGGUGAUACGGGAGCGAGCGUCGAGGCGGACGACAAUGGUCUCGUCAAGGAGUCGGAGUCUCAGUACGAGAUUUACUGCUCUGGCAGGGUCGGCUGUGACUCUAUGUUGAUUGAAUUGAAGCUCAUAAAACGACAGGACCUGGUGGCAGUACUCUCACAGAUCGUGAGGCCCCAGAGUGAUCAGGCGCAUAUUAAGAUUGAGCUCUCCAAGGACGAGACCGAUAACUUCGUCCUCGCUGUGGCCACUAAGAAAACAGCAAUGCACCUGACCAGGGACAUUGCGGACAUUGCGACUUACUGCCCUGAGAAGAGGCCCGGUGAGAAGGUGGGACUGCCUCCUGGGUUUUUCAUCAUGUCGGAGAUUGCUGAGGCCACCAGUGCCAUUUUGGAUGCCAGGGUCCUCCAAGCUAUUAACAAGUAUGCACAGCUCGUGGAUUAUAUACAUAUCAGCGAUCAGUUCAGUGGAGCUAAACAACAGGAAGAGAGUGGCCAAUUAGCAAUGCCAGAUGUCAAACGAGUGCUUCACAUUGGAUUGAACAUCAGUAUAAAAGGUAAACUACUCACAGGCGAGAAUCAGGAAAAAAUGAAACAAUUAUUGCAGCUGUCAUUUUAUCUGCUGGACAAAUUGAGAAGAUUUAAGCUGUCGAAAGAGGGAAAAGCCAAGACCGACAAGAAUCGUCUGAGAGUUGAGGAAGCCUUCCUGAAAUCCACUCAUGCAGCUCGUGCAGAAGCAGCUGCCGCAAAACGCGAAGAGAAAAGACGUGCUGAGAAGGAGAGAAUACUUCAGGAAGAGGAUCCGGACAAGCAGAGAAAGUGGGAGGAGAAGGAGCAGAAGAGAUUAGCGAAGAAGAGAGCUCCGAGAAUGAAGCAGCUUAAGGUCAAGGCACUGUGAGCUGUGUAAAUUCUACACUGAUCAUGUUUUAAAAUUAAUUUUUUCGAUCCUCGAGAGACUGGACUGAAGUCAUUCGCAUUUAAGUCAGUUCACUAUUCAUUGGAGGCCAUUAUAACUGAUUGAGAAUCAGUUUUCCGAGAUAUUUUUUACUAAAGCAAAUCGAUUUGCAAGUAUACAAAAGAAAUUAAUUGUUAAACAAAUUCUCCCUUUUGUUAGAAAUAGUCAAUGGAUUUUUUCAGAUAUAAAAUAGAUCAAUUAAUGCAGUGGUAAUUCAGAAAACAAAAGAAAUACCGAGUGCAGUAAAUCAUCAGGACACUUGUUAUCAAUUUUUUUAACAUUAAGAUCGUUGAAAAAAUUGAAUUUUUACUGAAGAAUUUUUUCUAGUCGUUCAAUACCACUGAUGAGUGGAGAUUCUUCGGACGUUUAGGAGUGUUUCAGAUUUUUUAUUGUCUUUAACAUGACGUAAUAAAGGUCGCCAGGCACCAGAUGAACAAUUCGGUGUUAAAUAAAAUCCAUAAUUUAUUGUACAUAAAAUAAACAAAUGUUUUACAAGCCAGGAAA